CUGAAUCCCAGUAGCCUGAGGGGAAUGGGGAAGCCCAGCAUGGUCUGGUAGUCUCUCUUGAGCUGCUCAGGGGUCAAGCCAUGCUUCGCUGAGACCAAGAGAGAGCGGACAUCCUUCUUCAAACCCAACACAGGAGCUGACCGGACACCAGAUGAAACCUCACAACAGAUGCUCCUCUCGUUGAUCACCGGAUGCUUCUCGCCGAGAUGGAGAAAAGAGCAGAAACAUCUCAUCAUUCUGCAAGAUCUGUACGCACAAAGAGGGAGCCAUCACCUUCUACUAAAGAGAGAAAAACCAAAGCACCCAAAUCCGUCAAGCUCCAAGAGCCCAACAAGAGAAAAGAAAAACCAGAAGUAACAGAAGAAGAAAGUGGUGAAGCCAAAGAGGCUCAAAUCAUCUCCAGCAGCACUGUUGUAAAUGUAGACAGCGUGAGGGAGCAAAUAAAAGAAGAUCGAGAGGAGUUAUUGGGGUUAUUGGAGACUGAGGGGCCUGGAGAAGGCUUGAAGAAGAGAUACCUUGGAGUUUGUGAGCUGCUUCUCAUCGUUUUGGUCCUGUCUGUGGUGAUCUUCUUCUUUCCUAUUUUAAUCUGGUUCUGUCUGAAGAUUGUGAGAGAACAUGAGAGAGCUGUGAUAUAUCGGUUGGGGCAUCUAUUGCAGAAGAGACCCAGGGGCCCUGGGCUGAUGUUUUGUCUUCCAUUUUUGGAUGUGUGCCAUAUAGUGGACAUUCGUCUGAAAAUACUGAAGAUCCCUCCUCACACGGUGGUGACCAAAGACCUGGUGUGUACCGAAGUAAGUGCGGUGUGUUACUAUUGUAUCGAGAAUGUGUCUGUGUGUCAUUCCUCCCUCGCCGGUGUCCCAGAUGUGCUGCAGGCUCUGACCCAGGUCUCCGUUAGAGAGAUACUGGCCCAUCAUGCCUUCACUGACAUUUUGCUGGACAGGAAACGGAUGGCCCAGGAGAUUCAGGCUACUUUAGAUUCGAUAACCUGCAGGUGGGGAAUAAAAGUGGAAAGAGCAGAAAUAGAAGAAAUCUGUCUUCCACCAGAGCUGCAACACAACUUUGCUGUGGAGGCCGAAGCAAGACGUCAGGCACAAGUCAAAGUGAUCGCGGCGGAAGGAGAAAAGGCGGCUUGUGAGGCUUUGAAGGCCUCUGUGGAGUCUCUCUCUGGUUCUCCGCUGGUCGUGCACCUUCGACUCUUGCAGCUUCUCCACAGUCUGCGCUCAGAGCAGCCCGCUGUGGUCCUCAACAUACCUCCUGAUGUCCUGACCCAAUCCAUCGACUUCGCCAGUUUGACCCGACCUGCUAAUCAAGGCCUGACGACAGGUGACGGCUCAGAAGAUGGUACCAAAGACUCACCCAUGAUGUAAAUAAAAUAUGAUUGUCAGUGUUUACUUAUGAAGUCAUGAACAGUUUCAUGCGACUAAUUUUACAUGGGUAUGCAUGAUAUAUUAGUACUAUAUCAGUUAAUGGCCAAUAUUCAAGAUUUUUUUAAUUUAUCAGUAUGGGUCGAUAUUUAAUUGUUCAUGCUCAUUUCCUCUGUUUUUAUAUUUAGAUUAUCUUUGCAUCUUCUAACGCUCACUUAAAGUUAAUAUUUAAAAAACACUAUAAUUUAAUUACACUGUUAAAUAUAAUCUUAUUCAUUAAUAUGUGCAAUACAAGUACACUUCAAAUACAGAUGUGUCUAUUAAAUACUUUAUUAUUUUGCCCCA